AUGUCGCUCGUAGUUUCUGAGAAUCCUGCGCCCAUAGGUGCCGAGAGGCCUGCUAUCAGUGACACCGAGCACCUCACCUCGCUUAUGACGCUCUAUCGUGCCCUCUGCGUCCGGCACGAUGAGCUUGGCAUGGAGAUCCUUCUUAACGACCUCCUCGCCCUGCUCACGCGUACCCAUCAACAUGAACAGGCUGAGUCCUUGAUCGCGACGUGUGAUCUCACCUUGCCGCACCACUCCAACAAUCAGGCAGCACGGUAUUACUACUAUGUCGGCUUCACUCAGGCUCUGCGCUUGGAGUACGUGGCUGCCCAUCACUCUCUUCAGCAAGCUCUGCGGAAGGCCCCUGAGCGCGCGCAUGGCUUCCACAUCGCGGCGACAAAAUUGUCGUUGGUGGUGCAGUUACUGCUAGGUGAGAUUCCACCCCGGUCGGACUUUUUAGCCAAGGAUAUGCGUGAAUGUCUAUCGCCCUACCUGCAGCUCACUUCUUGUGUGCGCUUCGGCCAGCUCGGUCGCUUCAUGUCUAUCCUGCAGCAGCAUAAAGAGACAUUCGCGCAUGACCGCACCUACUCGCUCAUUCUACGUGUCCGCCAGCAUGUCAUUAAGACCGGACUUCGGCGUAUUUGUCAAGCAUACAGUCGUAUCAGCAUUUCAGACGUGUGUGUAAAGUUGUCCAUGGAGAACCCAGCCGAUGCGGAGUAUAUUUUGUCAAAGGCUAUCCAUGAUGGGGUGAUUGACGCUGUUCUAGAUAAUGUCAAGCGGGAGCUGAUUACGAGUGACAGCGUGGAUGUGUACUCAACUACGGAACCCUUGCAUGCUUUUCAGCGACGAAUUCAAUUUUUGAACGCUACCCACAACGAUGCGAAGCGUGCUAUGCGGUAUUCAGCGACAGAUCCUGACUUAGAGGCGGAGCGGAAGCGCUUAUAUCAGGAUGAGAGAGAUGAAUGCGAACGUGCGCUGGAGAACGCCGCCGAUGAUAUUGGCGAUGUGAACUUCGAGGAUGGCUUGUAG